AUGCUUUCCUUCGACCGCGAUAUCCCUAUUCAUCCCGAAAUACAUGGCAACGAGCCCUUUACCAAGAUCGGCGCAGGUAUUUGUGGUGCCGUCUUUGCCCGGCAGGGGAAGUCCUACGCAAUCAAGCUGUCCAAGACCAAGUCCCACAAAGUCCUGUGGAAUGACUACCUCAUGCAUGUCAAGAUCGCCCAUUGCUUCAAGCUAUGGGAGUUUGACGAAGUCAGUAUACCAGCCUGUCAUUACUUCGCGCCCCCAAACGAGUCGCAGUUCUUCGCCCAGCACCCCGGGCUUGCCGAAGCAGCUGAGCAAGUAUGCCACUUACCAACGAGUGCACUGGUAACGGAACGCAUCCUGCCGCUUCCAGCGCGUGUCCGGGCUCUCAUCAUUGACAACUACUGCGCGGAGCACAUCAAGGAGGAGGCCAGAGCCGAUGCCGCCAGCAAGGACUGCCUGGUGAGGGUAUAUCUCGGGUCGACCAAGGGCAAGAGCUGCCAGCAGUUCUUCUCGCUGAGGAACUUCAAGAUGCACCUGAACCACAUGACGGAACUCCAGCUUGACAUCAGGACCCUGGCUCAGAGAAUGGGCAUGGCCAUGGCGCUCAUCCAUUGGGCUGCUGAAACGGACGGUCGGGGCGUGGAGUUUGUGCUGGGCAACUCAUCCAAGACCGUCUCUCGCGCGAUCGAUCCCGGCAAGCUCUGCAGGAGCGUGAAGCCACUGUCGUACACCGGCCCGCAUUCCAGGCAGACGGAAGACUUCUUCGGCCAGGUUGCGGCGACAAAGCUCUGGGUGUUGGACUUUGACCAAGUACAGCCCAUCACGAUGGACAGAGACGGCGUUGCGCAGGCGGUCGACGCGGUCCGGCUGAACGACCCGUUCAUUCCCAAACCGAUGCAGGCCACGGCGGACGAGAGGAAGACCUGGGACGCCUUUGCCAUGAGCUACCUGGAGACGGCCGACGUGAUUCUCGAGGUGGAGGGCAAGGAUGUCUUGGACCUGCCGCGACUUUUUAUCGAGGGGCUGGUUGAGGCGGAGAGUCAGAGGCAGCUGGCGCGGGCAAUUGUUGGGGCUAUGACAUGA